AUGGUACCUAUAGUGCUGAACUCGGAAACUGUCAGUGGAAUUACCGGGUCGAUUUCUAUUGCCUGCUGGGUAAUCGUCUUUAUGCCCCAGAUUUAUGAAAAUUUCUACAGAAGAUCCGCUGAGGGGCUUUCAUUUCUAUUCGUUGUCCUCUGGCUGGCAGGUGACAUUUUUAACCUGCUUGGGGCGAUGUUACAGCAUCUUUUGCCCACAAUGAUCAUUCUGGCCGCAUACUAUACCCUUGCAGACAUUGUGUUGCUGGUGCAAUGCAUCUUUUACGGAACCGAAGAGAAGGUCGACCCAGUGCAUCUCUCACCUGCCAAUCCUAUUAACGAAAACGUGCUACAAGAUGUUUUCAACGAACGCCAGCCCUUGUUGCGUCGUCAUCACCACCACGAGCCUGUAACAGGCCCUUCCGAAGGUGCUUCGACAGCUUCAACUCAGAACAACUCGAAAAUCAUCAGUUCGCAAGAACAAUCAAACACAAGAUUGAAAAACUAUGCUAUCAACUGUCUACUAGUAUGUGGUGUUGUUUUUGGGGGUUUUUUUUCAUGGUACAUCUCGUACAUUAAGGAUCCAAAUCCUGAACCUAGUCAACCUGAUUUGUCUAUGAAUUGGCUAGCUCAGUUCUUCGGCUACUUGAGUGCUGUGCUUUAUUUAGGAUCUCGUGUUCCUCAGAUUCUAUUGAACUUCAAGAGAAAGUCCUGCGAGGGUAUCUCUUUCCUAUUCUUUUUGUUUGCAUGUCUAGGUAACACCACAUUUAUCAUUUCCGUUCUAAGCAUUUCUCUAGAGCCCAGAUAUCUUCUGGUAAAUGCCUCUUGGCUAAUAGGUAGCUCUGGUACACUAUUGAUGGAUUUCAUUAUAUUCGUUCAGUUUUUCGUUUAUGGCACACAGGAGGAAUAUGCGCCAAGUUCCCGUGAAGUAUCCGUAUGA